GGUGUCUUCCUUCACCAUUUGCUUCACAUUUUACUCAUGUUUUUUUAUUCAAUUUUUAAAUUUUCAAGUAGACAGACUCUAUGGGUGGAAAAGCACCUACAAGCACCAAUUGUAAAGGCAAAGAAGCAACAAUCUAAGGAUGUCCAAAAUGAGUUCAACAUGAGGCUCACUCAGAUUGUUACCCAGUUCAAGGAACAAGGCUUAAAUAAUGAGCUCUACUACAAAAACAAAGAAACGGGAGAGACAAACAACAUUUGGUGAAGGCAUUCCAGAUAUGUUGUUACUAUUGGUUCAAUGGACUCAGAAAACUAUGGUUGAAAAGCUUACUUUUAGCAAUGAAGUGCAGUGUAUUGUAUUAGAGGUUAAGGUCAUUGAAGGUCAUGGGACAACUAUUGACGUUUUACUAGUCAACGGAGUGCUUCAUGAAGGAGAUCAAAUUGUUGUUUAUGUCCUGAAAGGACCAAUUGUUGCUAGCAUUCGAGCAUUGUUAACACCCCUUCCCAUGAAAGAGCUCCGUGUCAAGGAAAUCUUUUUCCUGAGAAACUAA